ACAGCUAGUUACAAUAUAAAGUAUUUAAUUGAAUUCUCAUGCCAUUCUUGAUUUACAACUUGCAGAUUCGAAUACCAAAGUUCCGAUCCCAUUUUAGUGCAGCGAAUUUACUUCGCACAAUUGUACGUUGACGAGAAUACCAAAACUCCGGGGCCUUUAUUUGUAUGAAGAUAUUUUACACACCGACAGGGCACACAUGAGAUCGGUGCGAGGCGGCGGGAUACUAAAGUUCUCCGGCCGAUACGCACGUUCGACGCCAGCUUUAUGUUGUACGGCCGAGAAGAAAGAGACAAAAUAUCGCGACAAAUGCCGCGUUUAGCAGCAUAACGGAGCCGUGCCGAGCCGUCGCAAAGUUUAGUAGUUGCUCGCGCGUGGUCGCGGUGAAAGCGAGCCGAGCGCCCGAGCGUCACGCUCAUGGACACUGUUGUUUUUUAUUUACGAUACAUCGUACUAAAUUUGAAUUUUCACAGAAACAGUGUUAGUUAAAUUAAGUACUAUACCGAUCGUACGUAUGACUUGAUGUUUGUGUCUUUUUUCAUGUUCCAUUUAUCGAUUUUUGGCAAUUCCUUAGAGGAUUCGAUAGCUUUAUCAGUUUCGAGUACAAAUACAUCGGAUGUAAAGUCUCAGUGUGAAUUGUAUAAAGUUAUUAGUGCUUUCAGUGUCAGCUGUGUAAGCUUAUUUGCUGUCCCUCUCGGUUGAGGCGAAAGGGAAAGGAAGGCCAAGUGUUAAGGGAGCGUUGUUUUGUUUUCAUGAUUUUCUUUGCUGUAUGUAAAUGUAGAGCGGAUUAAGAAAAUAAAUCGCUUCGAUAUCUUGUGCAUACAAGAAUAUUACAAGUACAAAACAAACAGGCGCACCGCCCACGUAGCGAGAUAACGCAGCAUCCCGUCCACAGAGAAAUUAAUAAUCUGGAACACGGUAACAGGAAGCAUGCCGAUAAUGUGCUGCAUGCUCUAACAGUGUUGAUGAGGGAACCGCUCGUCGCUGCCGACACUCGAAUAUGCUUAGCUGACACCUGUGCACUACACGCUGCAGUUACCACAAUGUCGUCCGACUGUUCCGCACACGACAAACACGACACGUCCACACGCCGCCCUCACAGAAGUUCCAAACUCAGUCUCACUCUGACGCAGGACUCCUCCAGCAAGGAUCACACAGCAAGUGCUACGACACCAAACAUGAUGGAUACCAACACUCAAACGUCUUGUGUAGUUACCAAUAUCGACAGAAUGGCACACAAUAAUCAUUCCAAUGACAAUUUAGAAGUUCGAAAAUUGACUGACUUAGAUAGAUGUAGGAUACUAAAUAAAAGAAAAUUUGAAUACCGACACGAGUCUGAAAGACGAUGCUCUGUAACAGAUAGAGCCUCCGAACGAUGCGUAUUGCAUAACAAAGAAGAUGUAUACGGAAAAGAAUCGAUUACCAGAAAGAGGGUUGAGGCUGACGAAUGCGGUGGUUCAAGGCGGAACGCUAAUUUGAAAUUUAAAUAUACCCGGGAUGGACGGGAGCCGAUGGAAACGAUCGGGAGGACAAUGGGCCCCUGCCACCAUGUGCGCUUGAUCGUCGGCGCAUUGUUGUUCCUGGCUGUGUUCGCGACAUGUUCCGCGGCGCCGACGAGGUCUCGACCCACGCGCAGCGCGCAUCACGAAUCUGCGAGGGGCUACCUAGAAACGUUCGGGUACCUGAAGAAGGGUCGGCCGGAGGUCGGUAACCUGCUGCUGGUCGACAGCGAGCAAGCCUACGAAGAUGACUUCAGGAUCGCCAUCAAAACUUUACAAGAAUUCGGCGGUAUACCAGUGACGGGGGAGAUCGACGAGGCUACGAAAGCGCUGAUGAAGCAGAAGCGAUGCGGCAGACCAGACCGGGAGGAGGACGAGGAGCAGCACGGACACAGGAGGAAACGGUUCGCGGUGCAGGGCGAGAAGUGGAAACACACCAACUUGACCUGGAGUUUGUCAUCGGUGAGACGACCAUCACAACUCGAUCCGUAUGGAACCCGCAGCGUGUUGUCACGCGCACUCGACGUCUGGGCCCAAGCGUCACGCCUCACCUUCACAGAAGUCAACUCGGACGACGCUGACAUCGUCGUUUCCUUUGCCAAGCGCUACCACGAUGAUGCUUAUCCCUUUGAUGGACGCGGCUCUAUCCUUGCGCACGCGUUCUUCCCCGGCAGUGGACGCGGAGGCGACGCGCACUUUGAUGAUGACGAACUAUGGCUGUUGCAACCAAGAGAUGACGAUGAAGACGGAACUUCAUUGUUUGCCGUGGCCGUUCACGAGUUCGGUCACUCUCUUGGACUCAGUCAUAGCUCUGUAAAGGGCGCUCUUAUGUUUCCGUGGUAUCAAGGCAUUCAGCCAAACUUCGUGUUACCAGAAGAUGACCGCAAUGGUAUUCAACAAAUGUAUGGACCUAAAACAAGCAAUAAAUGGGCAAGAAUACCUUAUUACCGUCCGCAAGAACCACCGCAAACGACCACGACUACCACAACGACCACCACUACAACCACAACCACCAGAAAGCCGUACAUCCAUCACCAUCACAACAGACAUCCAGAACGAUACCCCAACAGGGCUUACACCCCGUACCCGCGGACUCCCAGCAGAUACCCUAGUUAUUAUCCCGAGAGACCCUAUUACCCGGAUCGCCGUCAUUACAAUACGAGCGAUGACCAUCCUCGGCGCACAAACCACCAUCACCCCUACUCACGACCUACUGAGACGACCACGCACGGUACUACCUACCGCCCGCGCUAUCCACACGUACGACCUGAGUAUCCGACUAAUCCAAGGCCUCAUUAUCCGAAUGAUCCGAGCCAAGAUAACCCACGGAAACCUUACUACCCCGAGAAGACCACGCAAAGGCCGACAACCACGACACCGUCAGACAAACCCGACACGUGCGACACGAGCUACGAUGCAGUAGCUCUCAUUCGUGGCGAACUCUUUAUAUUUAAGAAUCGAUACCAUUGGCGGAUAGGAGCCCGCGGCCGAUACUCUGGAUAUCCCAUGGAAAUAACUAGGAUGUGGUCUAGUCUACCUAAGAACCUUACACACGUCGACGCUGUUUACGAAAGACCCGACAGAAAAAUUGCUAUAUUCAUAGGUAAAGAAUUGUACUUGUUCGAUUCUCAGUAUCUUCUACCAGGAUAUCCUAAACCAUUGCGCACUUUUGGCCUACCUGAAAGUUUAGAGAAGCUUGACGCUGCAAUGGUUUGGGGUCACAAUGGCAACACAUACUUCUACAGUGGCACUAUGUAUUGGAAAUAUGAUGAAGAGAAAGGCCGAGUAGAUUACGAUUACCCCCGAAACAUGGCAAUGUGGAAAGGAGUGGGUAAUAAUAUAGACAGCGUUUUCCAGUGGAAAGAUGGUAAAACAUACUUUUUCAAGGGGAAAGGUUUUUGGAAGUUUAACGAUCUUCAGAUGCAAGUUGAAAAUGAGCGGCCGAGCUUGUCGGCGUCCUUUUGGAUGGGUUGUCCCGUCGAGCGCACCGGCCGCCGCGCCGGGUACCGCGCGCCGCCCGCUCCCGGGUCCACGCUGCGAUCGCCAAGCGCCGCCACCACUCUCUCACACAGUUACAUACCCUUCUUAUACUCAGCAGUUUUAUUACUAACUACUUAUUUUAGGUACUGUUUAUAAAUGAUAUUUACAUUAUUAUUUAUUUGUAUGACUGCAGCAUAUUACAAUGACUGAUUAUUAAAGCUUAAGCCGCACUCGACGCGGUUGAUCUUAGGAUGGGUCACGUUUUGCAGACAUUCCGAGACCCUUCCGUGCCUCGGAGAGCACAUUAAUUAGUCUCAAUUGUCGACUGUCCUUUGAUAGCCAGUUUUACAACUAAAAACUGAGUUACCCAAUAAAGAGGAUCUGGGAAGUCAGAAAAAUACAGAUCCUAUAAUAUCUGAUAAGCUAUCUUAAAGUAUGUGCCUAUGUAGUAUGUUAUCUAAUUCGAUUCGAAAUUGUGUAAAAUAGCUAUAAGCUUGAUUUUACUUAAAUAUAUGUAUUGAUGUAUUUAAAUUAUUGUAUGUGAAUAACCUUUAUAAAUUAAACAGUCAAAAUGAAGAGCUGCUGUAUAAUUAUCUAGUUCCAGUACCUAAAUAUUAAAUUAUCUAAUAAGUAAUGGGUUAGCUGAUGAUACUUAUGUAAAGAUGACAUAAACAUUGUCUGAAUGAACAACUACAUAUCUGAAAUGUCUGAGUUAAGACUAGACUUAGUAACUAUUGCGCAAAAUUGCACUGCCUGUUUAGUAUUAAACAAAUUUUCUACAUAAUAAUAUACAUACUAUAACUAUCUCUUCGUAAUGAUAGUAUAACUAAUUUUAAUUAAAGUAAUUUUUAGAUUAAGUUACUAUAAGAUUAUUAUUUCUAUUAUAUGUACAUUUUGAUCUCAAAACGAUCGAGUGCUUGGUUUGUUAAUGUCAUGUAAGGUAUAAAACACCAUCCAUUUAGCUUCUGUACAGUUUGUAUUGUACUUCGAUGUUAAUUAAUGUGUUAAUGUGAAAUACAUAAAUAAUUUAGAGGAAAUCUGUUGUAUUUAUAAUAAUGUAUUUGGCCAUAAAUACUCAGUCUAAGAAAUUAAACACAUAACUGCCUUGGUUAUCUGAUAUAAUAAUAUCAUGCAUUUGUAGAUUAAUGUUGUAUAAAAUUAUCCUUGUUUACUAUUUGUCACUAAUCAUCUAUGUAAUAGUUGAGUAACUUAUUUAUAAAUCUCUUAGGCUGGUUAAAAGAGGUACACAUUUACUGUAAUUUGUAAAUUAUAUACUUAAAAGGUUUUAUAAUUAUGAAUAAGUAAAUAUAAAUAAGAUGCCAUAUAAGUCACUGCUAUAACUAUAUUACAUACAUUAUGGCAUAAUUAUACUAUUAUUGUCUAACAAAUGGCCUUAUGUGUACUGUGAAAAAGCUAAGAAUGAUGUAAUGAAAUGUGUAAUCCAAGUGUGUUGCCAAUGUGGGAAAGAAAAAGUUUAACUUGGUAGAAUGAAUAUGGUGCUUAUUAUAGUUAGUCAUUGUACAGAAUAAAUUCUCUUUGGAUAUUUUUGUAA